AUGCCUCCGAGACGUGCUCCGAGUGCACCACCUGGUCCACGAGUGUCUCGUCGACUGAAAGGCUUGCCCCCAAGCGACGAAUUCACCUUGUACGAAGCAAGGCAAUACAUUCACUAUAUGAAUGUCAACGUUAAAAAGAAAAUCAAAUACAACCUGGCUAAACGAGAAGAUCUCGGUGAAUGGGCUUAUCGGGUAGACAGAAGAAAUCAGAGACAGCAUUUCUUCCCUGGACAAAUCAUUCUGGCGGUACAUGCCCAUCCUCAAACUGUCCUCGACAGAGCCUUUAACGAUCAGGAUGUUGCCACAACCCAUCAAAGCCCUGUCGCCGCAAAGAUGAGAGUCAUGGUAGUCUUGCACGAAACAUUUACGGGCUUGUUGUGCUUGCCAAUGUACACGCACCAAAGCAGCACACCCCUUCCACCAGCGAGGUGGGCUGAAAUGGUCAGCAUCAGCCACAACCUCACAUGGCAAGGCAAUACUAGGUGGGCUGGUCUCCCCCUACGCAUGACCAUACACAAUACGCAAUACGCCCAUGACUCUUUCAUACAUUUGACUGAACCCAUCCACGUCCAACUAGAGUCUAGGAUCUGCGAUGUCGGCUACAUGAGUGGUGGCGAAUAUUGCAGGUUGAUGGAUUUGUUGCAAUACAAGGAAGAUGAGCUCAGAAACCAAGCUUUCGCGCUCUACGGUAGCACGUAUAAUAAACAUGCGCUGCACAGCUGGCAGCCUACUCCUGGACAGAGGCUUAACAACACACGUCUUCAAUCAACCAUGAAUUCCUUCGCUCAGAUGAGAUGGACACUUCACGGCUAG